CAAGGACAUGGAGGAGUCAAUCAACUAGGUGGUGUGUUUGUAAAUGGCCGACCUCUUCCUGAUGUAGUACGUCAAAGAAUAGUGGAACUUGCCCAUCAGGGUGUACGACCGUGUGACAUUUCAAGGCAACUACGGGUCAGCCAUGGAUGUGUCAGCAAGAUCCUUGGCAGGUACUAUGAAACUGGCAGUAUUAAACCUGGUGUGAUUGGUGGAUCAAAACCAAAGGUUGCAACUCCCAAAGUUGUAGAGAAAAUCGCAGACUACAAGAGGCAAAAUCCCACUAUGUUUGCAUGGGAGAUAAGGGACAGACUGCUUGCAGAACGAGUAUGUGACAAUGACACAGUGCCCAGCGUCAGUUCGAUAAACAGGUAA